GCCAGCAGUGCCGUGGAGACCGAGUUCUGAAGCAGGCCUUUGUGAGGUCAGAGGUGGAGUUCUGGGUGGGCACUCUGGGCCUCACAGUCCCAGAGGAAAGGCCUGUCCUCCAAGCCAAUGUGCAGCCUGACUCUGGGGCCAGCGCCUGAGGAAGCCCUCCCUGAGCCCCAGCCCUGGGGAAGGCUGAAGAGGCCUCUGAGACCCCAGCGCUGGGGAGAGCUGUGCAGAAUAGGACUGGAGGUGGAAGUGUUGGAGAUUAACAGCCAGAUGGAGGGGAUGGGGGGAGGCCCUGGGUCAGUCCUCAGGGAACCCCCAUUCUGAAGGGGGAGAGGGAAACUCAGGCCCAGUCCUCAGGGGCCCCCAGUCUGAGAGGAAGGAGGACACACGAGCCAUAUUUGCAGAGAAACACCAGCCUGCGAGAGGAGGUAGAAGCCCAGGCCUGGCCCUCCAAGGGCCCCUAGUCUGAGGAGCAGUCCACCUGCCCUCGGGAAAACACCUCCCUUAGGAAAGGCCAGCAAGGCCCCCGUAAAGGAGCCACAGCUGGAUCGGGGCAUGGGGCUCGGGGCCCAGCGGCGUGGGAGCUCCGGGACUGAGGUGCAAUCAGGAGAGACCCUGGGGGCCAGCGGCAGUCCAAGAGGACUUUUGGAGCCAAGACCUGACUGGAUCUCAAACAAUGGGGCAGGCAGUUUGGGGUUUCAGCAGGUGGCCCAGUGCUGAGACACAAGGGAGUUGUUUCUGGUCUGCAGACACUGAGGACACUUGCUAUGUGGCGUGGUGGACGGUGGCUUCCAAUUGUGGACAAGAUAAGGACCAUUGCCCAGGCUGUCUAUGGAGCCAAAGAUAUCGAACUCUGUCCUGAGGCACAAGUCAAAAUAGAUCGUUACACUCAGCAGGGUUUUGGAAAUUUGCCCAUCUGCAUGGCAAAGACCGACCUUUCUCUGUCUCACCAACCUGACAAAAAAGGUGUGCCAAGGGACUUCAUCUUACCUAUCAGUGAUGUCCGGGCCAGCACAGGUGCUGGGUUCAUUUACCCUUUGGUCGGAACGAAACUGUUUAUCAUAUUGACAAGAAGAAGAAAGCUUUGUGACUCAUGAGAAUGAUGUUUUCCUCUCUGAAUCUGCAAGUGGACAUUUGGAGCACUUUGAGGCUUAUGGUAGAAAAGGAAAUAUCUUCACAUAAAAUCUAGACAAAAGCAAUCUGAGAAACUUCUUUGUGAUGUGUGCAUUCAUCUCACAGAGUGAAAAUUUUUUUUGAUUGAGCAGUUUUGAAACUCUCUUUUUGUAGAAUCUGCAAGUGGACAUUUGGAGCACUUUUGGGCCUAUGGUGGAAAACGAAAUAUCUUCACAUAAAAACUAGACAGAAGAAUUCUGAGAAACUUCUUGGUGAUGUGUGCGUUCAUCUCACAGAGCUGAAACUUUCUUUUGAUUGAGCAGUUUGGAAACUCUCUUUUUGUAGAAUCUGCAAGUGGACAUUUGGAGUGCUUUGCAGCCUAUGGUAGAAAAGGAAAUAUCUUCACAUAAAACCUACACAGAAGCAAUCUGAGAAACUUCUUUGUGAUGUGUGCUUUCAUCUCACAGAGUUAAACCUUUCUUUUGAUUGAGGAGUUUUGAAACUCUCUUUUUGUAGAAUCUGCAAGUGGGCAAUUGGAGCACUUUGAGGCCUUUGGUGGAAAAGAAAAUAUCUCCACAUAAAAAUAGAAGAUUUCUGAGAAACUUCUUUGUGAUGUGUGCAUUCACGUCACAGAUUUGAACAUUUCUGUUGAUUGAGUAGUUUGGAAACACUCUUUUUUAGAAUCUGCAAGUGGACAUUUGGAGCGCUUUGCGGCCCAUGGUAGAAAAGGAAUUAUCUUCACAUAAUAUCUAGACAGAAGCAAUCUGAGAAACUUCUUUGUGAUAUGUGCAUUCAUCUCACAGAGUUAAGCCAUUCUUUUGAUUGAGCAGUUUUGAACCUCUCUUUUCGUAGACUCUGCAAGUGGACAUUUCGAGUGCUUUGAGGCUUACGGUGAAAAAGGAAAUAUCUUCCCAUAAAAAGUAGACAGAAGAAUUCUGAAAAACUUUGUGAUGGGCACGUUCAUCUCACAGAGUUGAAACUUUCUUUUGAUUGAGCAGUUUUGAAACCCUCUUUUUAUAGACUCUGCAAGUGGACAUUUGGAGCACUUUGUGGCCUAUGGUAGACAGGAAAUAUGUUCACAUAAAAUCUAGACAGAAGUAAUCUGAGAAACAACUUUGUGAUGUGUGCAUUCAUCUCACAGAGAUAAACAUUUCUUUUGAUUGAGCAGUUUUGAAACUGUCUUUUUGUAGAAUCUGCAAGUGGACAUUUGGAGCGCUUUGAGGCCUAUGGUGGAAAAGGAAAUAUCUUCACAUAAAAACUACAUAGAAGCAUUCUGAGAAAGAUUUUGUGAUGUGCGCAUUCAUCACCCAGAGUUGAAUCUUUCUUUUGAAGGACCAGUUUUGAAAUACUCUGUUUGUAGAAUCUUCAAGUGGACAUUUCGAGCGCCUUGAGGCCUAUGGUUUAAAAGGAAAUAUCUUCACAUAAAAACAAGACAGAAGAAUUCUGAGAAAGUUCUUUGUGAUGUGUGCAUUCAUCUCGCAGAAUUGAGCCUUUCUUUUGAUUGAGCAGUGUUGAAACCCUCUUUUUGUAGAAUCUGCAAAUGGUCAUUUGGAGCACUUUGAAGCCUACGGUGGAAAAGGAAUUUAUCUUCACAUAAAAACUAGAGAGAAGGAUUCUGACUAACUUCUUUGUGAUGUGUGCGUUCAUCUCACAGAGUUGAAACUUUCUUUUGAUUGAGUUGUUUGGAAACACUCUUUUUGUAGAAUCUGCAAGUGGACAUUUGGAGCACUUUGUGGCCUAUGAUAG